UGUGGGGGCGGGGCGGGGCGGGGCGUUGCCUCCCUUCCGGUUCCGGUCUCAGUUCUCAGUCCCGGGAGGGCCGUGGAGAUGCUGCGGGGACCGCGGGGCCGGGCGGGCGCGUUCCUGCAGUUCUCCGUGGUGGCGCGCGCCAUGGCCGCAGUACCCAGCGUGUCGCUUCCCGAACUCCGCUCGCUCCUGGCCGCGGGCCGGGCCCGGCUCUUCGACGUGAGGUCUCGGGAGGAGGCAGCCGCGGGGACCAUCCCCGGGGCGCUCAACAUCCCAGUGUCGGAGUUGGAAGGUGCCCUGCAGAUGGACGCGGCUGCCUUCCAGGCCUUGUACUCUGCGGAGAAGCCGAAGCUGGAGGACGAGAACCUCAUUUUCUUCUGUCAGAUGGGCAAGCGGGGCUUGCAGGCCGCGCAGCUGGCCCAGGGCCUUGGAUACAGAGGCGCUCGCAACUACCCGGGGGCCUACCGAGAAUGGUCCGAGAACGGAGGCUAGGGAGAAGGCGCUGGCUGCGGGGAAGGGCGAGGAGGGCGCCCGCUUACCGGGUCGGGCGAGGUCGCUGCUGUGCACACAACAGCGUCAAACACAGGCGUGUGCUCAGCCCUGGCUGGUGCGGCUCAGCGGGCUGUGCGCCUCCCCAGGCCCGGCACACGUCGGGCUGCUGGGGGUCCUGUGCCCAGUUGAGGGUGUGCGAGAGGCAACCGCACGU